AUGUGUAGCAGUGAGAGUGGCGGUGUGACUCUGAAAUCUGUGAUGAACAGUCAUCAUGUGAUGAAAUCUGUUGAUGGGAACAUUGCUUUAAAGUUUUUACCGCCAAAUGUAACUCCUUUGAUCCAACCAAUGGAUCAAGGAGUUAUUGCAGCCACAACAAAGAAUUAUAGGUCCCAUUUACUAGAAAGAAGAAUAAAUGAAGGUUAUGACCUGAAAUCGUUCUGGAAAGAUUUUUCUAUUCUUGACAGCAUUUACGACAUUGCAGCAGCUUGGAAGUCAGUAAAAUCGUCAACCUUGCAAAAAUCAUGGAAGAAACUAAUGGCGAGUGAAGAAAACAGCAAUAUUAGUGUAGAAGAAGAAGCCCUUCAAUAUCAAUCUGAUGUAGAUUGUGCAUUAGCUUUAGCACAAUUGGCAAGAACCGUCGAAGGGGGUGAGCAAGUUAAUGACGAAAACAUCAAUGAAUGGAUGAACUGUGAUGCUGAUGAUCCCGGGUACGAACUCCUGAGUGAUGAAGACAUCAUUAACAAAGCUCAGAGAGUCGAGGAAGAAAUUUACAACAAUGAAGAAGAAGAGAUGCCUCCUCAAUCGCGUGUUUCACAUGAAUCAGCUCUUCAACACGUUGAACGACUUAUUGAAUAUUUAGAGGGCGAAGACUUCGGGACAGUUGCAGACGAUCUUACAUUACGUAAACUUAGAUCACAAAUUAGGGUUAAGUGCCAUAACAAAACAAAACAUAAGAAACUUACUGAGUUUUUAAAAGCAAAUUAA